AUGAUUGAUGAUCAGGACUUGGGAUUCUUUGCCAAUUUUCUCGGCAUCUUCAUUUUCAUUCUGGUUAUUGCGUACCAUUUCGUGAUGGCUGACCCGAAGUACGAAGGGAACUAAUCUCAUCUCUAGCUUUCAUGGGGCAGACCAAACUUGUUAUUGUUCCUUCUUGUGAAGUAUCUAUUUCGUCUUCUCUAUGUAGCCAUGAAACUUUAUCCAGUAAUUAGCUCGAAUGUCUCGUAAUGGUUUUUGUACUUUAUGCUGAAUCAUCUGAUGAGUGUAUAAAUAGGUGGCGUGGUUUCCUCGUAAUUCUCUCUACUGAGUGCAAAUUAACUUUUUGGUGUUUGCUUAUGUUACUCUAGCUUUCGUUGUGAUACUUUAUGGAGCAAUUCAUUAUACUAGUUCA